AAAAGGAUCUGAUACUCGAUUAAAUAUACAAGCUUCACCAUUUGCAUUUACAGUUGGCAAACUUUUAGAUGAUGGCUUCGUAGGUUUAAAUGUAAUGGAAGAUUUAGAAAAAAUAACUGUAGCGGUAGGCUUAACAGUAGAUCUAGCUUUGGUUGAAUGUUUUUUAGUAGGCGUAGUAUGA